CCGCAGUCUGCGUCUGACCACCAACGCGUGCGCUCUAUGAAAAUGCUUCUCGUUACGGAGCGAAACAUAUCGAGCAAUCAUGGACUUUAUAAACGUGAGUGACCCGGUUUAAUAUAUUUAAUAUGUCAGUGUCUCACGGAAAUUGCUAAUCUUUACGGGGAAAUAUGGCAAAAUAAAGUGCAAUCGUUUUCGCGGUUUAGAACAAAACGUAGCAAACUCGAGUGUGGUUUAAAUUAUGUGGUGCAGUGCCGGGACAACGAAGUGAUACCGAAUUUUGCUCGAAUAAAACCAGUAAAGUGUAUUCGGGACUAAGUAAUUCUUUAAACUCUUUAGAGUGACGAAUGAAAAAUUUCUAGCGACAAUUAUUUCUGACUACCGACGUAAGAUAGCUUUUGUCCGUGUGGAAUUGUGUUCACUGCAUUUGGAAAUAAGUACCUAACCAUCUGGAUGGGGAUUUAUGGACGUGUUUGGAUGUAAUGACGCACGGCACGGAAGAGGCAUAAAAAUCACAUUUCAAAAUGACGACGCAAAUAUUAAAUUCGACGCAGAGUGUUUUGAAAGACUCCUACGAUUACUACCUAUGGACACUAUCAUUGUCGGAUAACAGAACAAAAGGAUGGCCGCUAGUCGACUCCCCAGCUCCAACAGUAUUUUACACAAUGUUGUAUCUGUUCAUCGUAUGGUCAGGACCCAAACUCAUGAAGAACCGUCAACCGUUCCAAUUGACUUGGUUAUUAGUGCCUUAUAAUCUGGCUAUGGCUGGUCUGAAUGCUUACAUAGCCGUAAGGUUACUCACGGCAUCUUUUCGAUUAAGAUAUAGUUAUGUAUGCGAGCCAUGCCGGCAAAAAUAUGACCCUGAUGAAUUACAAAUAGCAGAUGCAGUGUGGUGGUACUACUUCUCGAAGCUUCUAGAAUUCUGCGAUACAUUCUUCUUCAUUCUGCGGAAGAAGGACGAGCAGCUCACCUUCUUGCAUGUUUACCAUCACUCCACUAUGUUCAGCUUCUGGUGGAUCGGCAUCAAGUGGGUGCCAAGUGGAUCAACAUUCCUGCCAGCCAUGGUGAACAGCGCUAUCCACGUUCUCAUGUACACCUACUAUGGACUCUCGGUGUUCGGCCCCGCCGUCAGCAAGUUUCUUUGGUGGAAGAAAUAUCUCACAAUCCUUCAACUGAUCCAAUUCACAGCUGCGCUAGUCUUAGGUAUUAACGGCAUCCGCAUGGGCUGCGAGUUCCCCCUUUGGAUGCACUACGUCCUUAUCAUCUACAUGAUCUCCUUCAUCGUUCUCUUUGGAAACUUCUACAUAAAAGCCUAUCUAGCAAAGGGAAGCAAAUGUAUGGAGGUGAGGUAUGGCGAGUGCCUGGACGAUGAAGAAACAAUCGCAAAGAGGAAACUUAAACAAAAUUAAAAAAUAUAAUAUAUUCAAAAUCCUUAAUCUACGAGAUAGGUACAAAUUAUAGCUCUCUGGCGGUCGUAAACUAUUUUAUGUUAUUGUUAUAUUAAGGGUAAUUUAUUACAUAUAAAUAAAUUUGUUUGUUACA